AUGUCAGUGCCAAAGCUCUGGAGUCUCCAUCACAUUCUCCUGCUGUCUGUAUUCACCGGCGCAGCUAAUGGAUAUUAUAACUACUAUUGGUCACAGUGCAUCUACAGCUCCAGUGAUUUCAGUGACAUGGUGUUCUUGAUUGACUAUUACUUCAAUAAAUAUCUGUACGUACAGUUCAACAGCAAUGUGGGGGAGUUUGUGGGGUUUACUGAGGUUGGAGUGAGAACUGCAGAGAACUUGAACAAAGAUACAGCAUUGUUACAGCAAUUAAAGGCUGAAGUUGAGAGAGUCUGCAAACAUAAUGCUGUACUGUACAAAACAGCUAUCCAUGAUAAAGCAGUGGCACCACAGGUGAAGCUGAGUUUAGUGAAGCAGGGAGACAGCAGACAUCCAUCGCUGCUGAUGUGCAGUGCGUAUGACUUCAAUGUGUCCUGGCUGAGGGACGGUGUAGUGGUGACUUCUGACGUGACCUUCACUGAGAAGAUGCCUAACGGAGACUGGUACCACCAGAUUCACAAUGAGCUGGAGUACACUCCCAAAGCUGGAGAGAAGAUCUCCUGUAUGGUGGAGCACGCCGGCUUCACCAAACCCAUGAUCUAUGACUGGAUGAUGUGUGACCCUCCUCUGCUUGAGUUUGAGGGGAAUACACUGCUGUUAUUCACUGCUGGAGCUGCUGGAUCAUCAUAG